AUGGGUUCAACUACAUCAAAGCCCAGCGAAACUAGAGUCUUUCAACCAAAGACUCCCGUUGAUUUUUCCGAAACUUUAUUGAGUCAGUUGGAAUCCUCAAAUGAAACUAAUUUUACUAGAAAGCAACUGGGUGAAAGAUUUGUUGAACAGAGAGUUGCAAACAGACUAUCCGAAUUAGAAGAAGAAACCUUGAAGAAGUUCGAAAAUAAAUUAGAUGAAUCUUUGAUCAAAAAGGACGAUGAAGAGAGUCCAUUAACAUCUCAACUUUUAAAUGAAAAAGUUAGCUCUCUUGACCAAAAAUUAGCAGCUUUGAAAGAAAAAGAUGAUCAGAAGCAUUCCAAAUUUGCAAAUCACCCUGCAAGACAACAAUUGACCACUUGUUUAUUGGAUAACAAAGGUAAGCCUUUGAACUGUUACAACCAAAUAGAAAAUUUCAAGAAAUUGGUUGAAGAAAACAGCUAG